AUGACUGAGCAGCCAAGAUCGUCAAGCGGGCCGGCGGCUGCAGAGGCGGUUCCUGAAGUCACGGCAGUGAGUGAUGCGACUUCGAAUGAAGGGUUUUUGCAGUCGAUUAUGUCGAGUAACCCGUACUUUACCGCGGGCUUCGGCCUCAUGGGAUUGGGUGCAGUUCUCGCCGUGGGUCGCCAGACAUUAGUCCGCGCGUCCUCCUUGGCAUAUCGACAGCUCCUGGUUGAUCUGGAAAUAACGUCAAAAGACAAGAGCUACGACUGGUUUUUGGAAUGGAUGUCGAGGCAUCCCGCACGUAGCUCACGGAAUUUUUCAGUGGAGACGAACUAUGUUGAACAUGACAAUGGAUCGAUCACUGCUACGUUUGAUUUGGUUCCAGGCCCAGGUAGACAUUUGCUGAAAUACAGUGGAGCUUAUAUUAUGGUGAAAAGGGAGCGUAGUGGGCGGCUAAUGGAUCUGAGAAUGGGAUCGCCGUUUGAAACAAUAACCCUGACGACAUUGUACAGGGACAGACAAAUUUUUUCCAAAAUGCUUCGAGAGGCUCAAAGCCGAGCCCAAACCAAACAGCAAGGCAAGACUGUUCUUUAUACUUCCUACGGCCCUGAGUGGAGACCGUUUGGUCUUCCACGACGCAAGCGAUCUAUUGAGUCAGUCGUGUUGGCUGAUGGAGUCAAAGAAGGACUGUUGGAUGAUAUGACAUCGUUCCUGAAGUCAGCUCAAUGGUAUACAGACAGAGGAAUUCCUUAUAGACGCGGGUAUCUUUUGUAUGGCCCGCCUGGCAGCGGCAAAACCAGUGUUAUCCAGGCAUUGGCAGGUCACCUCGACUACAACAUUUGUAUCUUGAAUUUAGCCGAGGCCACGCUCACAGAUGACCGUCUUAACCAUCUGAUGAACAAUGUGCCGGCCCGGAGCCUGUUAUUACUCGAGGAUGUCGACUCUGCGUUCUCUAAUCGCAAGCAGUCGUCUGACCAGGGCUAUGUUUCUGGUGUGACGUUCUCGGGACUGCUGAACGCACUAGACGGUGUCGCCUCAGCCGACGAACGCAUUAUAUUUAUGACCACAAACCACCCGGAACGCCUUGAUCCGGCCCUAAUUCGCCCUGGCCGCGUCGACUUCCAAGCACUUCUCGAUAACGCUACCCCAGCCCAAAUCCACCGCAUGUUCACUCGCUUCUAUAAUGACGAUAAGCUCGCCCAUGCUUUCGUAGAGGAGUGCAUCCAAAGAAACAAGCCGGUGUCGACGGCCCAGCUACAAGGGUUAUUUGUAUUCCACAAAGACGACCCGCAAGGUGCAAUUGCUGCCAUCCACAACAUGUAA